CUGGCAACGCUCUUUUUUGGGCUGUCACCUUUCCUAAAUAGGGUUUCCAUGGCUCCUAAAAAGUUGAGUUUAUAUUGGAAAGUGAAAAAAUCGUCUGCGAAAAUUUAGAGAAAAGUUUACAUUAAAUUCGAAUAAGAUCUUUGGAUAAGUUGGAAUCCCUUUAAGUAUCUGUAGCUGCGUGAAAAUCUGGAACGUUUGUGGUUUUAGAUAUCAUAACUCACUUAACUGAAAAAGUUCAAAAAUAUUUGAACAUGACUAAGCAAAGAAAUAGGAUUCUUCUAAAUAAUGAAGACCAUAUGGAUACAUCAAGAGAUAUUUCAGUUCCCAGGCCUACUAGCAGUCUGAUCCGACUUAUCCACAUUGAGCACAACUACAAUUGCAUUCCUCCUGAAAACCGAAAAGGAAUCAAGCCCAAACGAAAUCUACGCCAGUUGGUUUGUUUUUUGAAUGCAGAGAAAAAUCUUGGGCCACUUGACUUUGCGGACUUAAAGCUGCACGUUCAUUGGACAGAUGGGAUCCUGCAACGACUUCGUCGAUUCCUUGCCAGCAACCGCAGAUUCAUUGAAUUCAGGCCAAUGUCUGUACUACAAGAGGCAAUUGCGCAGCAUUUGGCCGGUGAAAUGUGCUGCUCGACCAGAUUUUAUUAUGAUCACGAUGCCAGGCGGUACUUGGUUGCCUAUAGGCCCGGAAUCGGUCCCAAUUCCUUUGAGUUAAUUGCUCGCGAAGUUAGCAUUAGCGAGGAUUUCAAUCAGACCAUGAAACCAGAAAGACAUCAGAAAACAUAUCGAGACCACCAGAAACACCAAAUAGUGGAGAACUCCUUUCGUCUGGGCAGGAAAAUCUUUGAGAAGUUCCAUGCCAAAAGAAAGUCCUUACGACGGAAUGAAAAAACGUGAAUAAUGUAAAGUUGUUGGGUAUAAUUUAUAUGAUUGAUUUAAAAUAUAUU